AUGUCAUCAUCAUCGAUGUUAACACCGACGGAGAAAUAUGCGGCGGGAGCUCUGUUCGGAUUGGCCCUUCACCAAGCUCAGGUAAUCCAAACCUGUCAAUUGAGCUCUCCCUCUGACAACGACGAUGAUGCCGGCCCAAUUCAAGACCGCGUCAGCAGUGCCAGCAGCAGUAGCGAUUCCGUCUCCGAUGAUCAACAGCUUUGGGUCAAUCCUACCUCUGACCUCCUCCGACCAGUAUUCAGGUAUCUGGAAAUAGACAGCAAAGCAUGGACGGGACUUGAGGAAACAUCAGCUUGUUCACCUGUAAAUCACCAUGUUGGAGCGUUUUUGAGGAUGCUCUCUGAGGAGACCGGGCGUGAUGGCUCCGAGGUGGCUGAUAUAGAGCUGGCUUUAUCAAAAAGUGUUGAUGCCAUGGCCUCAAGCAUGGAGAGUGAUACGGGCGAUCAUCAGUCUAAGAAGCUGAAGCAACAAGAGUAUGAGAGUGAAUGUCGUGAGAAGUAUUCAUCUAGUGACACGAAGGCGAAGCUGAAGUCCGAAGCUGGUGAAAGUCAAACAGAAACGCAUAAUAAACCCCCCACUGUUGAACAGCUUCAUAUAGAGUCUAGUGGUGACUUUAAUGAAAACAUUCAGAAGCCUGUGGAGGAGUUGACAAUGCUUGGUUACCCCAAGAAAGUGGCGGUUCUCUAUGAGCUUCUUACUGCUUGUUUAGCAAAUAAAUUUGAAGAUGAUAAGAAGACUAAAAGGCAAAGAAAGGGCUAUGAUGCCAGGCAUCGUGUAGCUUUGCGUCUACUAGCUACCUGGUUUGAUGUGAAGUGGAUUAAAAUGGAAGCAAUUGAAACUAUGGUUGCUUGUUCUGCCAUGGCUGUAUUGAAAGAGGAAGAAUCAAAAGAGGAGGCACAAUCUCCACAGAGUUCAUGGGCUAAAUGGAAACGAGGAGGUAUCAUUGGGGCAGCUGCAGUAGCUGGAGGGACAUUGAUGGCAAUCACUGGUGGUUUAGCGGCUCCAGCAAUUGCAGCGGGCUUCGGUGCUUUAGCCCCUACUUUGGGGACUCUCGUACCUGUGAUUGGAGCGAGUGGGUUUGCUGCAGUUGCAAGUGCUGCAGGAAGUGUGGCUGGAUCCGUUGCUGUUGCUGCAUCAUUUGGCGCUGCUGGAGCUGGACUUACGGGGACAAAAAUGGCCAGGAGAAUGGGAGACGUGGACGAAUUUGAGUUCAAAGGUAUCGGUGAAAACCAUAACCAAGGGCGACUGGCAGUGGAGAUCUUGAUAUCUGGAUUUGUGUUUGAGGAGAAAGAUUUUGUGAGACCUUGGGAAGGAGUGAAUGAUCACUUGGAAAGGUAUGCUUUGCAGUGGGAAUCCAAGAAUCUAAUUGCUGUUAGCACUGCAAUCCAGGACUGGCUCACUUCAAAACUUGCUACGGAAUUGAUGAAACAGGGGGCAAUGUUGACUGUGUUGAGCACGCUUGUAGCUGCAUUGGCUUGGCCAACAACUUUACUUUCUGCUACAAAUUUUAUUGAUAGCACAUGGACGAUUGCUGUAGACAGAUCUGAUAAGGCAGGGAUAUUACUUGCAGAAGUUCUGCUGAAGGGACUGCAAGGAAAUAGGCCUGUAACACUUGUUGGAUUUUCGCUUGGAGCAAGAGUUAUUUUUAAGUGCCUCCAAACCUUAGCUGAGAAGGAUAGUGCUGAUCUAGUCGAAAGAGUUGUUAUUCUCGGGUCCCCAAUUGCAAUUAAAGAUGAAAAUUGGGAGGCUGCUAGGAAGGUGGUAGCUGGUAGAUUUGUAAAUGUUUAUUCCACGAGUGACUGGAUGCUUGGUAUUGCAUUUCGUGCAAGCCUCCUGACACAAGGACUAGCAGGAAUUCAGCCAGUAGAUAUUCCCGGAAUCGAGAAUGUGGAUGCUACUGAACUAAUUGAGGGCCAUUCUGCUUACUUAUGGGCUGCACAACAAAUCUUAGAACAACUUGAACUAGAUACUUCCUAUCCAGUUUUGAAUCGUUCUGUUGUCCGAACAUAG